AUGUCACAUUCAAAGUCGGUGAUAAAACGUAUCAAUGAAGCGUUCGACCAGGCUAUUAGAGACCUCAACGUUCUCGAGAUGCCGUCUAGUGCACCGGCACGUGAUAUGGCAAGAGCGUCUGAUAUGGGCACGCCCGACGCGGCAGGAGGGUUCAUACAGGACUCUAUCUCAACCUCCGGAGGAUUUGUAAUUGAGGAUGACGAACAGAGGACAUCUGGCGACGCUCAAACUGCGACGCACAUCCCUCUUGCAGCUAUACCCUCUGCCCUGCAGCUACUGGAUCUUCCCCCAAAUGACGAACAAGUCUCGGAGCUAUUUCGUAAUGCCGCUGGUCGUAGUAGCUCAUUCGAGAACAUGGUGAGCCGGGAGGAUUUCAUCAACGUCUGCGAAAUCCUUCUUUCAAUGUCGGACGACCAAGCGAGCGAACAAGAGGAAUCACCAAGCAGCGAGUCUAGCGAAGAAGACUUAGACUUUCAGAACGCUUAUGACGGCUCGACGUCUGAUGAUUCUGAGGGAGCGUCCAAAAAGCACCCAACUCGGAGACGUAAACCAUUGCAAUCGAAAGCAGACGCAAUGGAAGCAGAAUCCCCGCAUUCGAAGAAACCGUUGACCAGACGUCAAAAGGCGGUCUGUCGGGAGGCGUUCCGCCUGUUCUUCCCAGACGUUAAGGAUGAAGAGCUCAGCUCUCAGAGGAUUAUGAUUAAAGACAUCUCGCGAGUAUCCAGUCUGACCAAGGAAAGGCUGACCGCAGAAGAGGUCGUGGAAAUGUUGGAAGAGUUCUCGACAGCACCAGAUAAAUCCAUGUCGCUUUCAGACUUUGAGACCAUGAUGAUCGCGACCAAACUAGCAUAA